AUGCUCUCUGCCGCUCGCGCGGCGGCCGAUCUGCUGCUGCCAGAGCUGGGCCGCGGGCUGAGCACCGGCGUGGCGCUCUACGCGGCCAACCAGGGGCACGCCCAGUGCCCUGCGUGCUCGUGCGCGCCGCAGUUCCACUGCCCGGAGCUGCGGUGCGACUGCUCAGGCCUCCAGGGCUCGAGCAGUCACGGGCCCAGCCUCUGGGCCGUGGCGCUGGCCUGCGCCGCCAGCGGGCUGGUCGGGGCCUGCACCGCGGCGCUGGCCUUCUGGCGCGCCGGCGGCCGCUUCGUGGCGGCCCGCUGCCCGCAGGUAGGCUCUGCAGCAGUGAUGGCGGCGCCGGCGCCGCCGGUCUACCCGUCAGUGGCCGCGGCGGGCGUUCAGCCCGGGGACUUCAUCGGGGUGCAGUACCACGUGGCGGGCGCGGUGCUGAUCCACGAGCGCGUGGUGGUGCUGGUGCCGCCGGGGCUGCCUGGCGCGGCUUGCAUCAUCACGCCCGACGCGGACGAGUACGAUGAGCUUUACGCGGGCUCGCCAGACGUGCUGCGGUGGGACAUCUUCCCUGGUGGCGCGGCGGGAGGCACGAUGGCAUGGGCGCCGGGCGCCCGCUACUACAGGUUCCGCAGCCUGCCGACGCCGGCCACGCUGCUGACGGCCGCAGCCGCUGCCGCAGGCCGUCUCGGCCUUGCAGCCCCGCCUGGGCCCAUCGUGGCCAACGCAGGUGGGCGAGCGCUGGCAGCGCCGGCGGCGGCGGCAGCGGGUGCGCUGGUGCCUGCCGCUGCGGCCCCGGCCGCCGCCCCCGCUGCGGGCGUCGCCGGGCUGGUGGCCGCCUUGGGGGGCCCCGCGGUGGCGCCCGGGGCACCCGUGCCCCUUCUGCCGGGCGGCGCGGCGGCGCCGGCCCCUGCGCCCGCGCCGGCGCCAGCGCCGGCGCUUCCAGGCGCUGCUGCGCCUGCCGCACCGCCUGGCGCCCAGACCGACGCCCGCGUGCUGCCUGUGGCGUACAACGCCCUCGGCCAAAGGAAGCUGGGCUUCGCGGAGGCGGUGCUGCGCCUCGUGGAGCACGAGUGGCCGGACUGGCCCACAUCGGGGCCGCGGACUAUGCUGUGGGUGUCCCUGUUCAUGAAGGACAACGGGAUGUCGCCGCUGGGCCGCCACAGCAAGUGGCGGUCGGAGGGCCGCCUUGCGCUCACCGACGCGGGGGUGGCCGAGCACGAGCGCUGCUGCUUCUAUCUGGAGCAGAUCGUGUGCUACGACUUGCUGAACGUGCCGGACGUGGCGGCGGCGGAGAUGGUCUGCAGGAGCAUCCAGGUGCAGGAGGAGAGGUGGCGGGAGCGGUUCAUCACCAAUGCCGACGAAUCGCUCGACUCGCACCUUUUCUACGGCACCUCGGCCAACCGGGGCAACGUGUGUGUGCACCCCCAGCUGCUGGCGUACGUCAGCGGUGAGCUCUCGAAGGAGUACGCCGUCGCCAAGGAGAGGCGCAAGGCUCGCGAGGAGCGCCAGAGCGCCAGGGCGCCGAACAACAAGGACAGGAAGGGCGGCAAGGACAAGCGGCUCCGCCGCUCCGACGUGCUGCUGCAGUGGGCCGACCAGGGCGUCGACGCGCUCAACUGCCUGUAUGGCCAUGCUGGUGCACCUCCGUCGGCGCCCGCGAACCUGGGGCAGCCGACCAGUCUGAACUUUUUGGAGGACUGCUACCUGGGGAUGGGCGCGAUGCCGAGCGAGCCAGGUUUUUGUGAAGAAGCCCUCCGCGAGCUUCUCAGUGGCUCCACCGUCUACGCUGAGGAUGGUGGCGCCCGGGUCCCGUACUCGAAGGAGCUGGUCUCCUGGCCUGAGGUGGGCUCCAGCCCCGUCGACCUCGUGGGCUGCCUCACUCAGGAUGACGCUGAUUGGGCACGGGAUUGGCGACAUAACUUGCUCAAGACGCCCGACGAGGCGCUGCUCGGAGCCCGACAAGCUUGCCCACGCGGACCCUUCGUCGACCCUCGGUUGGCGCGAGAUCCAGUUUUGUAUGGUGACUUUGUUCGGCGGCUUCAUCAAUGUGGCAUGUUGCGCUUCAAGGUGGCCUCCACUGCCAAGCACAUGAUUGGUGUAUUUUUUGUGAGGAAGAAGUCCGGCAAGCUUCGCAUAGUGUUCGACACGAGGUACGCCAACGCCUUCUUCCACCCGGCGCCCGCGACGCGGUUGCCUACAGCGGCUGCGGUGUCUUCUGUGGAGUCGGGCGGCUUGCCGUUAUGCGUGGCGGCGGGGGACCUCGACAAUGCCUUCUACCGUCUCAGGCCCAUGUCGGGCUUAGAGGACUGCUUCACGCUGCCCCCGCUUUCCUCCUCCCUGGCGGGUGUCACCGAGCUGGAGGGGGUGAGCAUUCCGGCAGGGGCCAGCCUGGUUCCUUGCCUUACCAUCCUGCCCAUGGGGUGGUCGUGGGCGAUGCACUUCUGCCAGGCUGUGACCAUGCGCGCCAUCUCGGUGGCGGGCUUCGCGGACUCGCAGAUCGUGGAGGACGGUCGCUCCAGCGUGGCCCUGCCCGCCCGCUCAGACACGGCGGCGGCGGGCUACGUGGACAACUUCUACGUCUUCGGCCACGACGCCUCGCUGGUCACGCGGCGCCGGGAUGACGUGUCGGCCGUGCUGCGCGGGUGGGGCUUGACGGUCCACGAGGAGACGGAUGCCUCCCCAGACGCCGUCCUGGUGGGCCUGGAGCUUCGGCAGGGCCGCUGGCUGUCGAUCAAGCGCCGCAACCUGUGGCGGCUCCGUGCGGCGCUGGACACCGUGCUGCGCCGGGGCUGCUGCUCCAGCAAGAUGCUUGAGGAGCUGUGGCUCAUCCGCUCGCUGCUCCCGCUCCUUCAGAAGGACCUGAGCAGCCCCUGGCACGACGUGGUCGGAGUGAGCGACGCCUCCGAGUUCGGACUGCACGGCCUGGACGUCUUGGGGCUGGAAUCCUUCAUCAGGGUGCACCCCAGGGAGUUCAUGGAGGUGCCCAAGGAGUUCUUCGACGGGGCUGGUUCACAGGGCCUUACCGACGCGCUGCCGCCGCCCAGCCUGGCUGCUCUCGUGCGGGGCCCCCUGAGGCUGACGGGCCGACACCUGAAGGAGCCGGCCUCGAUGGCGGGUGCCUCGGCCUCUCGCCGCCAGGCGGAUCGCCACCGCAGAGCUGCGGCGGCUCGCCAGGUGGCGUCCGAGCGGGGGCCCUCGGGCGGCCUCUCGGUGCUGGAGCGGACGGCGGUCAGGCCGGGCACGGAGCGCCUAUACCAGGUGUACCUCCGGGCCUUCCUGCAGUUCUGCCUCGUCAUGGCCAUCGACUGGACGAGCGAGGCCGAGAUGGACGUCGCCCUGGUCACGUACCUGAACUCGAUGUACUUCGAGGGUCGCGCCCCGAACGAGGGCUCUGUGCUGCUGGCGUCGCUGGCGCACUACACGCCGGCGCUGUACAAGAGGACGGCUCAGGCCUUGCCGAGGGCGACGCGCUGCUUGGCGGGCUGGCGCCGGCGCGUCCCGACCAGGAUGCGCCUGCCGCUGCCGCGCAGGGCCGCCUUCGCCAUCGCCGGGACGCUGGCGGCCUGGGGUCAGCCGCGCAUGGGGCUCUUCGUGAUGCUGUCGUUCGCGGCCUACCUCCGCCCGCAGGAGGCCUUCCGUCUGGCCGGGCGUCACCUCGUGCCGCCAGUGGCCCACUUGGGUCAGGCCCCCACUCCGUGGGGGCUGCUGCUGCACGACUCCGACUUGCAGCUGCCCGGGAAGACCAACCUGUGGGACGAGAGCGUGCUGCUGGACCAGGCGCCGUGGCUCGAGCCAGCCCUGGAGGCGCUGAGGACUGUCGCGGGCGACGGCCCCCUCUGGGACUUCCUGCCUACGUCGAUUGCUUGGCUCUUCGAGGAUGCCUGCCACGCCCUGGGCCUGGUGCACCUGCAGCCGCACCUAUACUCCCUCCGUCACGGGGGGGCCAGCGAGGAUCUGUUGUCGGGCGCCAGCGCCAGGACGCCGGAGCAGGUCAUGCGGCGGGGUCGCUGGGCCACUGUGGCCUCGCUCCGCCGCUACGGCAAGGAGACCCGCCUCCUCCGGGAGGCCGCCAAGGUGGACCCCGACGUGCUGCUGUUCGGCGAGAUCGUGGAGCGCAACUUCCUGGACGUGCUGCGGGGCGGCCCCUUGCUGCCGCUGGUGUGGGGCGAGCUGCCUGCAAGCGUCGGCCCCCGCCUGCGGGGCCGCGCGGGCGCCAGCAAGUGGAGGAGCUGCUUGUUUCUGGAACUGUUCGCGGGGCAGGGUCGCAUCUCCAAGCGCAUCUGCGACCUGGGCUACGGGUGCCUGGACCUUGACCUCGCGCACGGGGCCUGUGAGGAUCACCUCCACACCACGUUCGAGUCGGUGGUGCGCGGGUGGCUGCUGAGCAAGGCCAUAGUAG